CUGUGUUGUGUUGAUUACUGAGGAAGGAAGAUCAUGUGAUAGAGCAAACAGUCAAAUCACAUGAUUCAGGGACCUGCACAAUGUCAGUAAAACAACAAGUUUGAAUUGUGGAAUGGAGCUCUCUGAUGACUGAUGAGAUGACAAUCUCGGGACUACUAUCGGGAAUUGGCCUAGACUUUAAGAUGCUGUGUACUAUGCUGCUCAUGAUGUGCUUUGUAUAUGGACAUGGCAGUCAACCCCACAUCAUUUUGAUUGUAGCUGAUGACUUGGGUUGGAAUGAUGUCAGUUUCCAUGGGUCUGACCAGAUCCCAACACCGAAUAUUGACCAGUUAGCCUAUGAGGGGGUAAUUCUUUUUAAUUAUUAUGUAGAGCACAUCUGCACGCCCACCCGUAGUGCCCUAUUGACUGGCCGACAUCCAAUUCAAACAGGUCUGUUCCAUGGAACAAUAGGGGCAGCCGACCCAUACGGACUGAGGCCCAAUGAGACCACAAUAGCUGAAUGUCUACAUGAGCUUGGCUACUCUAAUCACAUGGUGGGAAAGUGGCACUUGGGGCAUUUUGCAGAAGAAUAUAUUCCAAUAAGAAGAGGAUUUGAUACAACCUUUGGAUAUUAUCUUGGAAAAGAGGAUUAUUUUGACCACACUUCAACUGUAUUUGCCAACAAGCAAUACUUAUGGGGAUUUGAUUUUCAUAAAAAUGGUGAAGUUUACAAGCCUGUGUUUGGUCAGUAUUCAACAGAAAUAUUCACUGAGAAAGCAGAAAGCAUUAUACGGAAUCAUGUCAAUUCAAAAAAGCCCUUGUUUUUGUAUCUACCGUACCAAGCCGUACACAGUGCUAAUGAAGACCAGCUUCUACAAGCACCACAAAAAUACAUAGACAGAUUUCCACAUAUAGAUGUUAAAAAGAGGAAAAUGUAUGCAGCCAUGGUGUCUGCAUUAGAUGAUGGAAUUGGAAAUGUCACAAAAGCUUUAAAAUCAACCGGCCUUUACGAGAACUCCGUCAUCAUCUUCACCACUGACAAUGGCGGACCUGUGUGUGGCUUUGACGGAAACUGUGCCAGUAACGAACCAUUGCGAGGUUCAAAGCGCACUUUGUGGGAAGGGGGAGUUCGUGGGGUUGGUCUGGUGAAUAGCCCACUGCUGGAGAAGCCUGGCAGGGUGUCAGAAGACUUGAUACAUGUCUGUGAUUGGUUUCCAACUAUAUAUCACCUUGCAGGGGGUAACAGCAGUACUUUGAAGAACCUCUAUGGUGUUAAUCAGUGGGACACAGUCUCAAGUGGUAAACAAAGUCCUAGGUUGGAAAUUCUACAUAACAUUGACACUGUUGGGAACUACUCCGCAUUAAGAGUUGGCGAUUAUAAGUUGGUUGUUAACAGUUUGUAUCCUGAUAAGUGGAAUGAUUGGUAUCCAACUGAAGGUCAAGGAAAAGUGAAUCCAGAUCCCAGGGCUACAGUAGUCCACUGCCCUAAUAAGCCUACUAAUGCUAGUACCAACUGCCAACCAUUUAAGGCUCCAUGCCUCUUCAACAUCAAGCUGGACCCAUGUGAAUAUAACAAUGUUGCAGAUAUCUAUCCAGAUAUAACUUCUGAAAUGAAGGCAAGACUUGAUGAAAUAUUACCAACUGUUGUACCAGCAGCUAACAAAGACAAAGAUAUGAAUUCAGAUCCAAAGCUACAUGGUGGGAACUGGGUACCAUGGAUUAAGCAAACAGGCACCAAUCAUGUAUGAAAAUGUGUUUGGUUCGAGUUUGUUCAGUUCUGUUGUCAUCAUAAUUACUGUACCACCAUCCCAUCCUUGUUUGAACUGCACUUGCCUGUAUCAAGGUUAAUCGAUAUUUGCAAACAGCAUAGGUGACCUUGGAUACCGGCAUACGCAGUUAAAACUAUGAAUUGGCUUAUAGUAAAAAGUGACAUUCCGAAAAGCAAUAGACUGUGGAAAUACCAUUUGGAACAAUUAUAGACCACCUCAAAACAGACCACUUUUCUGUGAUUCUGAAUAAACACCUAUCUACAGUUUAUAUCUAUGAUUAUUUGAAUUAUAUUUUCCAAAUAGAGACCAUAAAAAACCUGGUCCCACAAUUAGUUUUUGGUUUAGAGGUGUAUCUGUACAUAUACAAAAUAAUUUUAGUAUGCAAUAGAAAUGCUUGUAUAUUUUGUUACAAUUUGAAACAGGGUUUUGUACAAAGGUAUCAAAGCUAUUUGAUACAAAAAAGAUAGAAUUUAACAAUAAAUAGUGAACAAAAGGGAAGCCCGCUAUUGCAUAUAAUUUUGUGCUAUAUAGUAUGUUAUGCACCCUUGUAUAUAUAUAUGGGUGUGAUACAAGAUAUCAAGCAAUAAAUCACCUAUGUAUUUUAAUCUUGUUCAUAUUCGCUUAUCUGAAAAUUUAUACUCUUUUAAACUUAAACAAUUUAGUAAUAGAUAAAUUUGUUUAUUUUUGACUGACUUUAACUAAAUUUUCACAACUCUGCAAAAACAUCUAGUUUAUGUAAAUUAGACAAUGCCAUUGAAGACAAGACUACAAAAUAUUUCAAAAAUGUGUUCAGAAAAAAUUGCCUAAUAAAUAGUUAUUGGACAGAAUGUAAA